CUCUAGCUUGCUGCUUAUCCUUCAGUUGUAAGAAUCGGCAAUCGGCAACGGCGGCGCACGGUUAUCGCCACCAGCUCUAUCAUCGUUUCCGCAGUGAAUUGGCUGCAAACUCAGUUUGCCUCCCUCGGCCGGGGGAUACAAUCACACUGGCCUCUUAGUACAGGACGCUGGCUUCGACUCCUAGUAAUUGGAUGAUUGCACGUCUGCUGAACCUGUCCACGCUAGAUGGCAUGCUCAUUUUGUCUGUGCUAGUGCCGUUCGGGAAUGUGCAUUUGUUUCCUCGUACUAAUCAAGCUUCGCCGUUCUUCCCUCUUCCUAUCCUUUCUAUCCUCUGUUUCAAUUGUAGUUACACAACAAGAUGGGUGCCCGACACCAUGUCAUGUACCCCAUUUCCAGGCGACUCCUCGACCUCCCUGUCGUUUCCAGAACUCGUGAUGACGUCUAAUCCUCGAGUCUACUUUGUUCUCCGUCGAUUAUCGGUCUACGUCGCACGCGCUGGGUUCGACUCCCAGGCAAGGAACGAUAGUGUUGUUCGCACAUAGGUUUUUUCUCGGGGACACAACUUGCAAAUUAAAAUGGUGUAUUCGGGGAUCGACGCGCAGCCAAUACACCCGCCCAGCUAGAUUCUUCCCGGAGUAUCUUUUCUUGAUUCGGGGCUUAGAUGUAUGCGCUGGUUUAAAUUACUUGAAGCCGUCUCUUGU